UAUUAUUUUUAUGAGUGUUUCGAGAUAUUUGUUUUUUUUUUGUGAUAGUUGAGUGGUGUGUUAUUUUUCUUUGGUGAUUGUGACAUGUUAAUUGGUCAAAAUAGGUGACAAACAUGUUUUUGGGCCUGAACAGCCUUUGUGCGGUGGAUUGGAAGUGAAUUGGACGUUAUGCUAUUAUCACAUCAAGCGCAUACUAACAAUCCUCAUGCCUUUUUAUGAUGACAUUCCCCAGAACAGGAUGGAUAAUAGUACCCUAGAGGUAUGGGGGCUGGAGCCCAACCAGAACCUCACCCUCAACGCCUCAGCCAAAUGGCUGAUAGAAGCUUCCAAAGGCAUUCAGGACCCGACAGUACUCUUAGAAAAGUUUUCCCAGAACAAGAAAGUGGAUGACACGACGAGGGCCUUACUUCUCACGUUUUAUGGUAUCCUGGUAGUCAUCGGCGCUGUUGGCAAUGCACUCGUUGUUAUAUCCGUAGUCAGAAAGCCGGUGAUGAGAACUGCCCGAAACAUGUUUAUCGUUAACCUGGCCGUCUCCGAUGCCCUGGUCUGUUGUGUUGGCACACCGUUGACCCUCAUGGAACUUUUGACUAAACAUUGGCCUUUGCCGGAUUGGCCAAGCCUGUGCAAAGCGUGUGGCGCGAUCCAAGCCAUAUCAAUAUUUGUGUCAACGAUAUCCAUUACAGCUAUCGCACUGGAUAGAUAUCAGCUGAUCGUGUACCCAACGAGACCAGGUCUUCAGACGAUGGGCGCCCUCGUCACAAUGUUCUGCAUCUGGGUGAUUGCUUUCACCCUUGCCUCACCUCUCUACAUCUUCCGAAGCCUGAAGACCCACUACCUCGGUCUCAUAGGCAUGGACUCUCUCAGUUUCUGCAUAGAAGACUGGCACAUCAAGAAUGGACGAGCCAUUUACUCUGGUUUUAGUCUCAUCUUCCAAUACUUACUCCCCGUCUUAGUAGUAGUUCUUGCACAUGUCCAAAUUCAUAGAAGACUUAGAGGAAGGCGGCGGACCACGAGAAAAACCCCAGCCAUAUUGAUAGCUAUCGCCGUGACAUACGUCAUAAGUUGGCUGCCACUAAACGUGUUCAAUUUAGUAGCAGACUUAAGUGCCGAGCCGUUUAUGGAGGAGAAAACGAUGACAAUAACGUACGCCGUCUGUCAUAUGUUCGGAAUGUCCAGUGCAGUGUCGAAUCCAUUACUAUACGGAUGGCUGAACGAUAACUUCCGUAAAGAGUUUGAAGAAAUACUGUGUUGCUGUAAGAAGCGACCGCUGACAAAGAAUACGAGGAUAAAGAGUCGGAAAAUGGACACAGAGCUGACGGCACUCGCGCAGUUGGAACACACUGUCACAGCGAACACGAAGACCUCGCAAUGCUCUCAGAUUUUCUGACUAAAGGCUUGUUGUAAAUAGCAGGAGCCUAUAAGUGUUGAAAUGCAAAGCAUUUAAGAACUCUAGUGUCAAUUUAUUAAUCAUAACGGUGUACAAAGUUCCUUUAAUUUCGAGUUGUUAGUUGAUAAUUUUUCUUGUAAAUAUCUGUAGAUAUGCUAUAUUAUUAUUAUUACUUGUAAAAUAAUAUUGUACUAUACGUUUUUAUGAGCCCAAAACGUAGAGUACUAAUAUUUGAUAUGAAGCCUUAUUUCGAUUGUGUAGCUAUAAGAUUUUUUUUUCUAAAAUAAAUUGUUAAAGAGAAAUAAAUAUAUUAUUCGG